AUGGGUGAGGAUGGAAAUACCAGCACCUUCAACAUCUCCUACACCAACUUCUUCCUGGUGGGUUUCCCUGGAUUGCAAGAGUGGAGGCCCCUCCUGGUCCUGCCUCUUACCUUCCUCUAUGUGACCAUCAUCUCUGCCAAUGCCCUGGUCAUCCACACAGUAGUUGCCCAGCGAAACCUGCAUCAGCCCAUGUAUGUGCUCAUUGCUCUGCUCCUGGCUGUCAACAUUUGUGCUGCCACAGCUGUGAUACCUAAAAUGCUGGAGGGCUUUGUACAUUAUGCUAACCCCAUAUCACUGCACGGCUGCCUGGCCCAGAUGUUCUUUAUCUACUUCACCCUUCUUCUGGACUACAACCUCCUUCUGGCCAUGGCCCUGGACCGUUAUGUGGCCAUCUGCCACCCACUCCGCUAUACUGACCUGAUGACCUCCCGCCUGCUGGGCCUGCUGGCCAUUCUUGCCCUGACACGGAGCCUGGGAGUGGCAGUGCCCUUGGUGGUGCUAACCGCACAAGCUCAAUUCUGCCGGACAGGAGUGAUUCAACACUUCACCUGUGAGUACAUUGCACUACUGAGCAUAGCUUGUGGAGACCUGACUUUCAACAGCCAGUUGGGGCUGGUUAUGCGAUUGGUCACUGUGACCUUUGAUCUAACCCUGCUGGGGACCUCCUACACUCGCAUCAUUUAUGCUGCCUUUCAGAUCUCUUCUGGGGGAGCGAGAGCCAAGGCCUUGCAUACAUGCGGCUCCCACUUGCUGGUCAUCCUCACCAUCUAUCUCUCUGGUCUUUCCACUUCUAUUGUAUUCCGAGUAGCCAGGACUGUGUCUCAGGAUGUCCAGAAUCUUCUCAGUGCCAUAUACUUGCUGCUCCCAGGAGCCUUGAAUCCUGUCAUUUAUGGGGUGAGGACUAAGGAGAUCCGGCAACAUGUAGAAAAGAUGCUCUGUGGAAAAGAAUCAGUCCAGAAUGUUAGGGAGAAACCAAAGAGGAUGCAGAACAUGAGAGUGGAAAGGAAAUUGCCAGGGUAA